AUGGCCGCCCCGGGGCCGGCGCGGCUCCUCCGGGCCGCCGCCGCUUCCUCCCGCCGCUGGCUGUUCUCCUCCACCUCGCCGGCAGCCGGGCCGAGGCUGGGCUGCGGCAGCGCUGCCGGGAGGUCAGCACGGCCGCUCAGCCUCUCUGCCCGGGCGGUGCUCAGCUCAGAAGAUAAAAUAACUGUUCAUUUCAUAAACCGUGAUGGUGACAAACUAACAGCCAAGGGAAAACCUGGAGAUUCACUGCUGGAUGUUGUUGUUGACAAUAAUCUAGACAUAGAUGGUUUUGGUGCAUGUGAAGGAACGCUAGCCUGUUCAACUUGUCAUUUAAUAUUUGAAGACCACAUAUUUGAGAAACUAGAUGCAAUUACUGAUGAAGAGAUGGACAUGCUGGACCUGGCGUAUGGCCUCACAGAAACAUCACGUUUAGGCUGCCAAAUCUGCUUGAAGAAAUCAAUGAAUGAUAUGACUGUUCGAGUACCUGAAGCUGUGGCUGAUGCUAGACAAUCAGUAGAUAUGAGUAAAAACUCCUAAAAUAAAAUAUCCUAGGGGUUUUAAAGAAGCUUAAUUAUUUUUAUAACUUAUUUUUAAAUGUGUAAUUAAAUAUGGAAACUUACAUAAUUGUGAGUUAUUUUAUAUGACUAUCAAUAUUAGAUUAAUGCUAUUUUAAUUUUCUUUAUAGAACCUCUUAUAUUUUUACGCUUAAAAUGCAAUAAUACUUCUUAUAAGUAAUCAUUGGAUUAUAAACAUCAGCAAGUGUAUUACAGAUUUCAUAUAACAUUAUUCUACCAAAACAUUUAAUGACAUUUAAAAACUGUAUCAUUUGUACAGGACUUCUAAAACAAACUCUGAGCAUUUCUAGGUGUCAGACCUGAAUGUGUAAGAGAAAAGAACUUGUAGGACUUCAUGGGGUCUUUUUGAAGUGUUGCCAUUAAAAAUGGUGUGCUCAGAGCUAGUUAAAAUUAUCAGUAAAUACAAUACUUCCUCAGCAAAUAGUGAAUUUCCAGAAUAGGGAUUUUCCAAGCUUUGGAAUUUUAAUGAGAUGUGGCAAAUGUCUCCUGAAAAUACUGCUAAACCCUUGAGUUCUCGGAGCUGUGUUACAAUUUAACCUAGCAGGCAGCUAAAUGCCACACAGCUGUUCAUUUACACCCCACCACUGCCCACCCCCCUUUGCAAAUGGGAUGGGGGGGAUAGACUUGGGGAAAAAAAGUAACAUUCAUAUGUUGAGGUGAAGACAGUUUAAUAGGACAGCAACAGAAAGAAAAACAACAGUAAUAAUGACAAAAUACAUAAAAUAAAUGAGGCACAACACAAUUGCCCACCACCUAGUGACUGAUACCCAGCCAGUUUGUGGGCAUUGGUCCCUGGCCAACUUCUGCCCCAGUUCAUAUUUUGAGCAUGACACUGUGUAGUCUGGGACUUCCCAUUGGUUACUUGGGGUCAGCUGUCCUGGCUGUGUCUCCUCCCAAUUCCUUGUGCACCCUCACAAGGUGGGGUGAGAAUCUGGAGAGGCCUUGACUUAGUUGUUGCUAAGCCAUGUUUACGUUAAAACACCAGUGUGUUAUCAACAUUAUUCUGACUCUAAUCAGUGUAAUAAUUGAUUCUGGUACAGCUACUGAUAAGAAAAUCAGCUCUCUCCCAGGUGAAAUGAGGACAGGCUGAUGCAGGAUGUUGGCAUCUGCAGCUUAACCCUGGCCUAAAUCAGAUGUCAGUAAGCCUCAACAAUAUUUGCAUUUGACUACACCACAAACACUGGGAUAGCCCAGGCUUAGAAGAAUGAAUCCUUGGAGCUGUGAAACGGGAGAAAAUACCCAGUGGAAUUACAAUUUACCCAUCACAAACUCUUACUGUUCUCUGAAUAUGGCUGAGUUGCGAUUGAACAGGGCAAUGUUUGUCAACAUCAGAUUUGUUCUGAAAUCUUUAUCCCGUUUUAGUUUUGAGGUUGGGCAGGAGGCAGUGAGAUGUUAGCUAGGGUAUUCAGCUUGAGGAGAUUGCUUGAUUCUGGGCCUUGCUCACAGGAUCAUUCCAGUAAUGAUUGAUGCAAAAUGACCAAGUAUAUUUGUUUCAUAGAAAUGUCCUAGGUUCCCCAGGAGGUAUAGGGAAACCCUUGUGGUGAGAUGGUGUCUGCAUUGAUGAUGAAGAGCUUUCAGUUGAAUAUUGUUUUAGUCUUUCUAAAGUAGCCCAAAUAAAAUAAUGUUUCUAAGACUAUUAUUCUCUCCAGCUUUACAUAAAUACUUAAAUGAACUGGUUAUCAUCAGUAAUUGUUAACUUUUGAUUUUUUUGGCAUUUAUAUAUAUAUAUACACCAUGUUUGUUUACAUUUGAAUGAUCUAAUGCAUUCACUAAUGCUUUGUUUAAACUGGUAAUAAUGACAUCUGGUAUCUUUUCUUGCAUUAUUAUAUAUAUGGGAAGGGAGAAAAAUUAUUUUUCCAGUGUCAAAUACUGGGAUUAUUUUGAGCUUUGUAAAGAGGAAAAAAAGUUCCUCUCUGGAACUGUAUUGAAAAUAGAUGUGGGUCAGAUUCUUUUCUGUCCUCUCUUAAUUACCUCAUUUCUUUCUGUUAUCUUUCAGCUUUGUCCUAAUGCAAGAUUUACUAAUUGUGGUCUGCUCAAAACUUUAUCAUGUAGGGGUUUCAGAAUACACUUCUGAUGUCAUCUGAUUCAAACUAAGACUUCAGAAUUAAAAUUCCUAGGCUUUAUGAAGGGUGGAGAGAGGAAGGUCAGGGACGAGGGUGGGCAUAAAUUGAAGAAAUUUUCUGAAUACGCUACUGUCUUCCUCUUCUGCUGAUGUGGCUCUACCCAUGACUUGAGAGGUUGCCCUCACACAGUCAGACAUCAAGGUAAAUCUCACUUUGUAUUGCCUUUGUCCUGAGCUCAUUUAUAUACAGUUAUUAGUAUUAAAUCUUGAGGUUUUGGGGUUUUUUUACAUGAGGCAACUCAUCAGCAUCCAAGAGAGGGAACUUGGGUUAUAACCAUAUGUGUUGUGCAUUUGUACAUCAGAAAGAAAUAUGAGGUUUCAGUAUACCUGAGGUUUAGGGGUAGAUGUUGAUAUGUAUUUUGGGCUCUUCUUGGUUUUUUUUUUCAUUGGUUUAUUUGGGGUUUUUUUUCAUACAGCAACAGAUACUUCUUGUGGGAAUCUUGAAAUGCUUAACACUGUGUUAAACAAAUGUGGAACAACUCCCAAGUGAGUUUUCUUUCUAAGCCAAGGUGGUUUUGUUGUGUGUUUCCUGUGACUGCUUCUCAUUACAAAGACUUUGACUCUCCUACAGUGCACCUGUGGAAUGAAUUACUCAGCACAGCAAGGCAAAAAAGGACACUUCGAAGUUCAUUUUGAAUUCUAGAGGUAUCCCAUACUGCAUGCAAAUGGAAAUCUCAGAACACAAAGGAACUGACUUGUAGUCCCCAAAAUGCACAGCUCAGAUACUAGUUUAUUGUCAAAAUGAUUUGCAAAUAAAUCUUAUUUUUAACUUCUUUGA